AUUUUUCUCAACACGCCGAGAUGAUAUUCUCAACUCCCCUACACGUGCUGAAAGUUUUACAGUGUGGUUUUCUUGCUGAAGGAUCUCACCUGAAGAGGCUUUGUAUUUCUGUGCUACCUGUGGGAAACACCCACCCAUCACCACCACCACUGUAUUUGCAUGAAACUCUACACCACGCCCAUCUGCAUGAGGUCAUCAGCAGAGGGUGGGGGCGUGGUCAUUAAUUGCGGAACAUUGGUUACAAGGCAACCAGCAGUGCCUCCCAAGUGCUGUACACGCUGGAAGCAAAGCCGGAACUUCUCAGGUAAGAAAAACAACAUGACAGGUGGGAAAGCAACUUGUGAAACGACAGUGUUCUCUUUAUUUAUGAAACUAUAAAAUUGGAUAAGCUUGUGGAAUUUAAAUGCAGGUGCUGAAAGAGGUGUAGGUCUUGUACUUUGUGUUGCUGAAUGUGUCUCCUGUGACAGAUAGUGGUAGGAUACAGUGAGAGUCUUGGUGGAAUAUUAAGCUCUAAUCAGUCUCACUGAUAAAACUUGCAUGCAUGGUUAAUGGAUUGAUCUAGGUUCAAAAGCCAGGCUGCAGAAGACCAACUUUGAAGCACCUGUUAGCAAACAGGAGCUGAUUUACAUCAUAGCCAGUUAGUCAUAUCUGCCACAGCCUGCUUUCUUAUUCAUGAUGUGAAUGUCAGUUUGGGCUUUUCCAAGAAAGUUCCUUUUUUCAACAUGACAAUUUCAUAUUGAUCAUCUGUUAUGUGGCUGUUUAAAGUAAGCUUAAAUGAGUGCAUCAGGAGUUGUUUUGGCUUGAGCAAGCCUAGCCACUCAUGCUUUCAGAAACACAAAACCAGUCUGGUGUGACUCAAAAGGGUGUAGCUGGCCACCAAGGAGACUUAAAUGACUCCGGGAAUGUGGGGAAACACUACAGCUCUUGUUGUUCUUCCCCACUUCACAAAAGUAGCAAACAGACAACAAUAGGAAUGGUCUCUUUCCUGGUUAUAUUACCUUUCAUUACAUGUUUUCUGGGAUACCUUGUUCAGAAAAUGUACACAAUGAAGGAAAUCUGAGACAGUGAUUAUUUUAAGCACUCAAGGUUUUAAACUGACUAGCAAGUAAAUAGUAAUUUGUUAACAUUUGAGAUUGAAAUGGUUUUUGGACCACCACCUUUUGGUCAUUGCUCAAGGUUUCAACCCGAUAAAGAACACGGACACAGCACGCCUGCAUUACUUCUUGCUCUUGAGAACUGAAGAUGGUAUUAUGCAUGUUGUGACAACCAAAUGACCUGAAGCAACCAGCAGGGCCUUUGGGGCAUCAGUCCAACUUGAACCAGACGCAAAGCAGCAAUGAUCUCAACCAGGAAGGAGAGCUUGCCCUCUCCCAGCCUGGAGGACUCCUUCUUCCCCUUCUUGUCAUCAACGCCCUCCACCAGGCAUCAUGUCUUGGGCAUGGGGAUGAGGCAGGAUGACCUGCUGGCAUCCCCCGGGGGCGACAGCAGCCAGACAAUGCUGGAGAAGGACCUAAUCCUGGCUGCCGAGGUGGGCCGUGCCCUGCUGGAGAGGAACGAGGAGGUGGAGGCUCAGCUGGAGCAAAUGAGGAAGGACAUGGAGGUCUUACAGCAGGAGAAGCAUACUCUCCAGCGGCGCCUGGAAGUGCGAGAACUGGAGGCAGGGCAGCGGGAGGUGGAGUUGCAGGCUGACAUCACGUUACUCCAUGAGCAGCUGGAGCAGAAGCACAGUCAGGGCCGUGAACGGCGCCGUGAGGAGAAUGAGCAGCUCUCACAACUUUCUAAGCAUAACCAGAAGCUGGUGGAGCAGCUAGCAGAGGCAGUGUCUUUAGAGCACUCUUUGCGUCUUGAACUGCGCUCUCUGAGAGAGGAGAUGGAAGACACGAGUUUUAGUCGGUCCAUAAGCUCUGCUCGCCUGGAUAGCCUGCAGGCUGAGAACAGAGUUUUACAGGAGCGCUGCACAAACACGGACCAACGUCUGACAUCAGCACAGGAGGAUAAUGAGAGACUGAGGACAGAGAGGGAUGGUCUCAGAGAACGAGUCAUCGGGCUGCAGACUGAAAUGAAAGAAAGGGAUGCCGAGCUGGAUCAGGAACACAGUGUGGUGUUCCAGCUGCGCACGGCCAACCGGAGCUUCCAGCAGAGACUCCAAACCCUGGGCGAUGAGGCCAGCCUCAAGGAGAGCACGUGCUUCCCUAUGUCCCUCCAGAAUGAGCUUCAACAGUCCCAGGCCAAGGAAACCAUCUUGGCCCAUUCUGCUGCCCUACAAGAAAAAGAAGAGGAGAUUAAUAAACUGAAGAAAGAGCUGGAGGCCAGUCAAGCUGAAUUAGAAGCAGUGAGGGAGGAGCUAAAGCCAUUUCGCAAUCCUCCAGGCAAGCCAGCAUACAGUACCUUGGAGAAUGAGAUCAUUUUGGCACGCCAGGAACGUGACACGCUUAACCAGCAACUCCUGAACACAAUCAAGCACAAGGUGGCGCUGUCUCAAGAAGUGGAGUCGUGGCAGGAGGACAUGCGGCUGGUGAUUUGCCAGCAGGUGCAGCUGCAGGAGAGGGAGAAGGAGAAGGAGAAGGAGCGAGAGAAGCAGCAGCAGCCCCUGCACAGAGGCACUCGCCAGACCAAGUCCUUCCGUUUACCUCGAGAGGAGAGCAAGAGAGGAUUUUUCUCCUCUCUCUUUGGUGGAGAGUGAGAGUGAGCAAUCCAAUGACAAGGAACAAGUCCACAAGAGAAAAACUACUAAACAAAGUGGGGGGGGAAAUAAAUUUUCAAACAUUUUCUUACUUUUUGUAAAUAUUAUGUGUGUAUGUGACCAAAAAUGUAAAUAAGAUUAAAUGGACCAAAUAUAGUAUAUUUUGGCAUGAAGUUCACUCAUUAUCUGUAUUUAUUUGGAAUUUAUUGUAUCACAUAAA